AAAGUUAGGUUCUGUCGCGGUCCUGAGUAAUAGAUAAGUACGGUAAGUACUCACACAAUGAUCAUGUUACCAGUCGGCGCUAGACUUUUCUUGAUCCGGGCCUACAAAGAAAACACACGCGAUUAUUCCGAAUAAAUACUGAGCGUUCUGCACUGCUCAUACGCUACAUCAUCAGGAGUUUGUAUUAUCAUCAACCUGCCAUACUGCUGUGGGCGAUGAGAGAAGUCCCAACGAUUUGAUUCGGUUUGCUGCAGCUAUGCAAUUAUACGGAUUUAUCGUGUCAUUGGUUCCAUGCGGUCUUUUGACGACGAGGGUGCCCAACAGAUCGUGUCUGCUUUUUACGGCAACCUGGUUGAUAUUCAGGGAUAUUGGACUGCAUGCGCGCUACGGUGACAUUGCACAAGGCUGUGAAAUCGUUGAGACAAGAUUCCGCUGGAACAGCGGAUUGAUUUUAUAUUCUAUAGGGAGGUUCACGCACAACUUGUUACAAAAUUUGCUACACGCACCUGUGCUUUGAUUACUUGCAAUUGAGCGACUUGUCAACAUUUUUGUGGUAGUCGAGAAG